AUGGUUGCUGCUGAAUUCGCAUACAAGGAAAACCCAGAAACUUUAGUCUUAUUUGACGUUGACGGUACUUUAACCCCAGCUAGAUUAUUCAUUACUCCAAAUGUCAAGGAAACUUUACAAAAAUUAAGAAAGAAGGUUGUAAUUGGUUUCGUCGGUGGUUCUGAUUUAUCCAAGCAAGUCGAACAAUUAGGUGCUACUGUCUUAGAUGACUUCGACUAUUCCUUCUCUGAGAAUGGUUUAACUGCUUACAGAUUAGGUAAGGAAUUAGCUUCUCAAUCCUUUAUCAACUGGAUCGGUGAAGAAAAAUACAACAAACUUGUCGUUUUCAUUCUAAAAUACUUAUCUAACAUAGAGUUACCAAAGAGAAGAGGUACCUUCGUGGAAUUUAGAAAUGGUAUGAUCAAUGUUUCUCCAAUCGGUAGAAAUGCUUCCACUGAAGAAAGAAAUGAAUACGAAAAGUACGACAAGCAACACAAUGUUAGAGAAAAAUUCGUCCAAGCUUUAAAGGAUGAAUUCCCAGACUACGGUUUAACUUACUCUAUUGGUGGUCAAAUCUCCUUCGACGUUUUCCCAACUGGUUGGGACAAGACUUACUGUCUACAACAUGUCCAAGCAGACAACUUCAAGGAAAUUCACUUCUUCGGUGACAAAACCUUCAAGGGUGGUAAUGAUUACGAAAUCUACGAAGAUAAAAGAACUAUCGGUCACUCUGUCACCAACCCAGAAGAAACCGUUAAGAUCUUAAAUGAAAUCUUCCACUUAUAG